GCCAUCUUAGCAGCUCAGAGACGAGGAGAAGAUGUGGAGACUUCCAAGAAAUGGGCUGCUGGCCAGAACAAACAGCAUUCGAUCACCAAGAACACUGCAAAGCUGGACCGGGAGACUGAGGAGCUGCACCAUGACAGGGUGACCCUGGAGGUGGGCAAAGUGAUCCAGCAGGGUCGGCAGAGCAAGGGGCUGACCCAGAAGGACCUGGCCACGAAAAUCAACGAAAAGCCGCAAGUCAUCGCAGACUAUGAGAGUGGACGGGCCAUUCCUAAUAACCAGGUUCUGGGCAAAAUCGAGAGAGCCAUUGGCCUAAAACUCCGGGGGAAGGACAUUGGAAAGCCCAUCGAGAAGGGGCCGAGGGCAAAGUGAGCACAAAGCCUCGAAGUCAGUGUGUUCCGGCUGAUCUCCCCGGCUGGGUCCCCGACCAGCGGUGCUGCCGUGGGUCUCCUCGCGUGGCUAAGCGGAACGUGGGUGUCCAGCCUGCGGGCACCCUCCUCACCCACACCUGCUGUCAAAACACAACAAAAGCUUGCGAACUCCUGGC